CUACUGCAGUCGGGGAAUUCCCGCCUGGCCUUAUUGCGUGAUGAAGAAGUGGUACUCCGCGAUCCGUUCCAAAACUAGGCAAAAAGGUUUGGUUCUUCUUAAACUUAAUAAUUGUCGAAGGAGGUUGGUGAUUGGAUGAUAAGGCAGAAGUAGGGUGAAGGAAGGAAGGCAGAAACAACAGGCUUGUUUUAAAGUUUAAGUGAACGCAGUGGCUAUCGCCCGAACGAUGUACGGCAGCCGUAACGCAACUUUCAAGAUUAGUAUGUAGUGCAGCCCAAACUGGAUAGAAUAUUUCAGCAUGGAAGACUCGGAUAAGAGAAGACUACGACGAAACCGUUGUGCCUUAGUAGACAACAUAGAACCCAGCCGAAUCCUGGACCACCUCAUAGAAUGUGAAGUCUUCACACCAGAUAUGUGUCAGGAUAUUACAUCCAAGUCAACUACUAAAGAACAGACUGGCAAGCUAUUAAAUAUGCUGGAAAAGCGAGGAUGUGACGCAUACAGGCUUUUUCGCAACACACUCCUGAAAACAGACUAUGAGCAUCUGGUGGAAAAAUUAGACACAACACCAACUGCAGAUGAAGUCGAUGCCAAGGCAAUAAAAUCACCAGGACAAGGACAGAUUUCCAGCAUCUUCAUCCCUGGACAUCAGAAGAAACAGGAUGCUCAGCACAUUACCAAUAAUGUCAUUGGAGAUAACAAUUUUGCAGUAUUUGGUAGCCAAAAUUUGACAAUCAACAACUACAAUGAGGAAGGCGAUGACUGAGUCUCUCAUCAUGUCCCCAAAGACAAGUUUCUAAGCAGCCAAUCAGUACAUCCGUAUUUGUCAUAACUAAACAGCACCAUCUUAAGAAAGCAGUUCUAGGAAAAGUAAGUAAUAUGAAGUAUACUCCCUUAGUUUAAUUCGUUCUUCAUCUGUUUUAUAUAAUGUGUAAUGUAUAUUAUAUAAAUAUAAUUGUUAUCAUUUUGAUCAGCCCAAUAAAGUAAUGAAGCGUAUUUCAUACAGUUUUUGGGCCUAGUUGAGUGGAGCUGCUUAACUGUUUUAGCAAAUCAUUGCAUAUACAAUGUGGUGAUUUUAACUAGCAGUUCAGCACAGUACGGAGUAUCAUCCAGUUAAUUCUUGUUUGGAUUUUUAAGACCUUUAAACUUAAAUAGUGCUAGAAUUUGAAAUCUGUACAGUUCAAUACCAGGACGUUCUUGACAAGGUAGGGGGAUUUAUUGAGUGAGGGGAUGAAAAGAGGAGGCGAAUACAUUUAUUUUUUCUGAAAAAUUGCCUCAUUAUUUUGGUACAAAUGGUUAAAAUUGGAGGUAUUACUAGUGACAAUUCUCCUCAAGUGGCUCAUCCCCUUGCCCCAUACACUAUGAGUUCUUUUCCCUCAGUGCCUAGCAUGUGUAAACGUUCAAGCCAAAAUCCCACAGGAAGAAAAGUCAAGCAAUUCUAACUUCCCCAUUUUACUUGUAGACAUAUUAAAAUAUUAUGCUGACCUAUUAAAAAUUAUGAGAGAAACUAUUUUGAAAUGCACAGUAAAGCCUUUUUAAAAUUUAAGUGCACCCAAAAAACUAUUUUCAGACAAACAUGAAGUUGGAUGGUUGAGCGGAUAUAAUACUUGUUAUCAUAACUUGUCAACUUCAAAGAUAUUUAUUUUUAAAUUCUUUCGGACGCGUUUCAGAGCGCCAUGUCUGGGAACCCUCUAUCCGAUAUUCGAGAUCGAACUCCUCUCUUCCCCACCCCCCCCCCAAUAAAAAAAUCCUCCCCGUAGCCACGCCAUACACUGCCCCUAAUGGUUGGCCUCUCAUUCGCAUAUGGUUUUGUAUGGUCACUAUGCUUAUUAUAUUUCGUAAGUACUAAUAUAACUUAUUUUGUAUUUAAAUAAUGUCAUUUAUUACCAUUCUGAAUAUCCAUUUUGAUUUAUAUGAAUGGACGAAUUAAAAAGCAGUAUAGACUGACAUGGAA